GCGGAGUUGCGCACCUCUCUCGCCGCCCGUCGCGGAGCACAGCAGGGCAGCUGGCCUGACCGGGCUGCCUCCCACCCCAGCUUGCAUCUCCCCCACGGCCAAGCAAGUCUACACCAGCCUAGCCGGUGUCGUCCGUGUCCCCCAGCCUUGGAGGUUGGGGGACGGCCCGAAUUCAGGGCCUCCCACGAAGGAGGCCCAUGUCCGGGACAACCACCUUUUCUCCGCGGCCCCAGAGGCUCCCGUGGGCACGAUCGUGAGCCGUCGGGUUCCAGAGGACUCUCCUGUCCGGGCAGCGCUUCUGUCCGCGUGCUCUAGGAGCCUCACCAGCUCGUUGGACGAGCGAGCCGGUGCACCGAUCACGUCUUCCCAGCAGCAGGGGCCAAGCCCAGGGCCAUCCUUGAGUUCCACCCAACCCUGCUCUUCUGCGGUAUCGCUCCCAGAGCGCACGGUCCCCAAGCGGUGCUCCUGCCGGCAGCCCCAGCCCAGCGGGAGAAGGGGACAUGAGGUUGGCAGGCCCCAUCCGCAUUGUGGCCCUGGUUGUCACCGUGGGCCUUACGUGGAUCGUGGUCAGCAUCCUCCUGGGCGGGCCUGGCAGUGGCUUUCCUCGUAUCCAGCAGCUCUUCGCCAGCCCAGAGAACUCAGGGACCGCAGAGCCACGAGCCAGGAAGUACAAGUGUGGCCUGCCCCAGCCAUGCCCCGAGGAGCACCUGGCCUUCCGCAUGGUCAGUGGGGCUGCCAAUGUCAUCGGACCGAAGAUCUGCCUCGAAGAUAAGAUGCUCAUGAGCAGUGUCAAGGACAACGUGGGUCGUGGACUGAACAUCGCCCUGGUGAAUGGGGUCAGCGGCGAGCUCAUCGAGGCCCGGGCCUUUGACAUGUGGGCAGGAGAUGUCAACGACCUGCUGAAGUUUAUUCGGCCGCUGCAUGAAGGCACCCUGGUAUUUGUGGCAUCCUACGACGACCCAGCCACCAAGAUGAAUGAAGAGACCAGGAAGCUUUUCAGCGAUCUGGGCAGCAAGAACGUGAAGGAUCUGGCUUUUCGGGAUAGCUGGGUGUUUGUGGGGGCCAAGGGCGUGCAGAACAAGAGCCCCUUCGAGCAGCAUGUGAAGAACAGCAAGCACACCAACAAGUACGAAGGCUGGCCCGAGGCGCUGGAGAUGGAGGGCUGCAUCCCGAGGAGGACCACGGCCCGCUAGCCGGGCCGGGCGCUAGGACCAGCCCAGGGAGGCCGCGUGCGCCCGGCCGGGAGGAGGCGCCGCUGCGGGCCCGAGGCCGGCCGAGCGCGCUCUGGCCCCGCACGUCGGGGCUCCGAGGCGGGGCCCCGGGGCGGAGGGCGGGGCCGGGGGCGGCGGGGGCCGGCCCCGGCUCGCUUGGAUCGGGCGGUCAGGCGCCCCUCUCCGUAUUUCCUCGAGCCGCCUCCCCCGGGGAGCCCCAGCCCGACCCCCGCGCGGCGGCAGCGGCUCCCGGGGCGGGCUUGGGGGCGGCCUGCGGUCCCGGAGCCGCUCGCCGCCUCUCCGGCCAAUCCGAAUUCCGGUGUGGCGCCUUCGGAGGGGCCGCGCCUGCAGGCAGUUCUGCCGCCGGCGGCCUCCCGGCUCGCCCUGCGCGGGAACGGCCCCUGGGGAGCGGGGCUGGCCGGGCGCCACGGGGCCUUGUGACGGCCACCAGGGGGCCGGCCUUCGGGAUGCGCUCUUAAUAAACGAGUAGCCCCCAGUGGA